AUCAAAAUGGCGGCUCGAUUUGGUUUACACCGAUUCAAUACAUUCAGCGUAAAUCCCUUGUUUUUGAGACGAGUUCUGCUGAAUGAAAGACUUGCUGCAGGAUCCUUUGUUCGUCACCAGUCCUCCUACCAAGAUGUUCAGGCGAAUCAACUCAUUAUAGAAAAAACUUCUAAACCAAAACCCAAACCAGACAACAAUACACUUGUCUUUGGCAAGGAGUUUAGUGACCAUGCAUUGAUGAUUGAGUGGACGGCAACAGGAGGAUGGGCUACACCUAAAGUAGUACCAUAUGGCACGAUGCAGUUAUCUCCAGCAACGUCUGCAUUGCAUUAUGGUCUUGAGUGUUUUGAAGGAAUGAAGGCUUACCGUGGAGUGGACAAUAAGAUAAGAUUGUUCAGACCAAUGGAGAAUAUGAAAAGAAUGAACCACUCAGCCUCAAGGGCCAGUCUUCCUAGAAAGAGCUUGUCACGCCACCGCUGAAUGGUCUCAUUUUGCCUGGAGUGACUCGAAGCUCAUUAUUAGCACUUGGUAAAAAGUGGGAUGAGUUCCAGGUCACAGAACGAGAGUUCAACAUGAAGGAUUUGUUGAAGGCUGUCAACGAGAACAGGGUUCUAGAGAUGUUUGGUUCAGGGACGGCGUGUGUUGUAUGCCCAAUCAAUCGAAUUUUCUACCAAGGAAAGAAUAUAAUGAUCCCGACGAUGGAAAAUUUGGAUGUCACUAAACGACUUUAUGAUGAACUUACUGGAAUUCAGUAUGGCCGACUUGACGGACCAGAAGGAUGGAUWGUCGAGGUCGACUAAGACGAAAGCCAAAAUCUUUCUUCGGUCCUUGAAAUGUGUCAACUAUAAUYUAAUCAAACUAGGUAAACUAUAAGCAAAAGUCAGAAUUUUUAAUUCAAAGAUAUUUAUUACUUUCUUCGCAAAGCCCAUUUUCGCAARAAGAAAUGGAAAGUGUGAAGAYACGUGCGGCGCACCAAAAAUGGCGGSAAAAUUACCGCUGACAGAUUUUAAGGAUAAAAACAGCACGAAGAAAAUUUUAACUUACUCUAAUAACUAGUGCUUUUGAAUAAAACUUCUUGUAKUUAACCUUCUUGAUGUAUUGCUAAGCAAAAGAAAACCGGUUUGGGAUUWUAAAUUCGCCAAAACRGAAAGACUUGCAGGCUCGCUUUGACGCUUGCCUWACAUACCAAUUUGUACAGUARGCAAAGGUUGCACAGUGAAAAUCGAUUUUUAUUGUAAUAGGCUGUAGGCUUUCUUUACGCGACGCAACUCCUGUUACGUUUAACGUUAACAUUAACAUGAUCUGAUGAAGGGUACACAGUUUAUAGCGCAAAUUUGCCAUAGCGCAAGUUAAGUUGCGGACUUGAUUUACGCGACGCAAUUCUUUUAUGUAUGACGCAGGAAUCGUUUAUAACACGUAGAGUAAGCGUUUUAUAGUGUAAAUCGACGUUUGCGUAAGUGAAGUUGCGAACUUGAUUUACGCGACGCAAUUCUUGUUUUAUAUAUGACGCAAGAAUCAUAUAUCGCAUGUAGAGUCAACCGUUUUGCAGUGUAAAUCGACGUUUACGUAAGUGAAGUUGCGGACUUGAUGUACGCGACGCAAUUCUCGUAUAUAUGACGCAAGAAUCAUAUAUCGCAUGUAAAGUGAACUUUUCGCAGUGUAAAUUGACGUUAACGUAAGUGAAGUUGCGAACUUGAUUUACGAUACGCAAUCUGUCUGAUAUGUACACGUAAACAUUAAAUGCGACGUAUUUAGGGUACCCGU